AUGAAGGUUUUCGCGUCCGUUAUCGCCGCCGCCUGCGCCCGAUCCACCAUGAUCAUUGGUGGCGACAAGGUCGAGCCCAACUCUGAGCCCUACAUCCUCUCCAUGCAGCGAUUCGGCUCUCACUUCUGCGGCGCUACCCUCGUCUCCAUGAGCUACGGUGUCUGCGCUGCUCACUGCACCUACGAUCCCGCCACCGUCACCGCUCUUGCCGGCGCCCACAACAAGGCCGUCAGCGAGCCCACUCAGCAGCGAAAGCAGUUGAACAAGUUCCUCCGAAACCCCGACUACCGACCACUCCUGAUCGCCAACGACAUCGCCAUCGUCGGAUGGGCUACUCCCAUGGAACCAACUGCCUACGUUGUCCCACUCCCAAUCCCCGCCAAGGCCACUUCUGAAUGGCUCCAAAACGGAUGGGGCGUCCGAGUCUGCGGCUGGGGCAACAUCGCUUACCCACAGACCAACUACCCCAACGAGCUCUACUGCGUCGACACCAGCAUCGUCGAUGUCGCCACCUGCAACUCCCGAGAAGCCUACAACGGUUCCAUCCUUCCCGGCAUGUUCUGCGCCGGCGAAUGGCCAACUGGAGGCAAGGACGCUUGCCAGGGUGAUUCCGGCGGACCAGUUACCCUCAUGAUCGAUGGAGUCAACCACGUCAUUGGUGCCACUUCCUGGGGACAGGGCUGCGCUCUCCCUGGAUACCCAGGUGUCUACACUGAUGUCGCCUACUACCGAGACUUCGUCGAGCAGGAGACUGACCUUUAA